AUGCCAGUCGGCUUGCGAAUCAUUUGCCCCCAAGAAAGCCGACAAAGGACAAAUCCUCAUCCCCAGGACCUCAUCCCGCAAGACUUUCCUCAAAGACACGCCAUAGUCACCGCUGAAAUGGCCGACACCACCCAGACCUUCUCUUCUCUCCCUCAGGGCUUCUCUGUUUACCAGCCCGCACUCGGCGCCCCCUUGCAAUUCUUCCCUGCUCUCGGAUCGCAAGAGCUCGAUGACAUGAUCAACGCUUACAUUCCUGGUCCUUCUGCCACCAACGAGAAGCGUGCCACAAUCACUCUCGAUUUUUUUCACUAUGCACAGAGGACUGGCCAAACCUUCAAGUUCUACCCAGUGCAGCCCGCUCCUUCUCCCGUCACUUCUCCAUCAACGACGAGCCCGUCCUCGGCCUCGGUCAGCCCGUCAUUCAACGUCUCUCCCAUCACGUCUUCGUGGGACUGGAGCGCCACCUCUGCCUCGUCAGUAGCCUCUUCACCACACCCCUCCGUCCGGCGUCGACGAGGCGGCAAGCAGUCCAGCAGCCUUCCCUCAAGAUCUCAUGCCACCGACUUUUCCCACCUUCCCGGCAUGAAGAUCCUUACCAAGGAUGGAGUGGACGUGACCCAUUCCGGUUCGCGUGGAACUAAGACUAAGGAGCAGCGUGAUCAUGCCCAUCUCAUGAGAAUCAUCAAGGCCUGCGACAGCUGUCGACGCAAGAAGAUUCGCUGCGACCCUAGCCACAAGAAGCGAGGUGCAGCUCAAGCAGCACCGCAGAAAACGCCCAAACCUGCAAAGAGGCCAAGGGUUGCGCCCUCUCAACUCCCCCCACCUUGUCCACGGCUAGACUUGGCCGAGGCCGAGCUUCCUGUCAGCACAUCAACAUUUGAAUGGGAUCCGUCCACCUCCCUCGCUGGCCUGGACGACUUGGAUGCGGCCAUCAUGCAUUAUGACUCAUUUGAUGAGCUUAUUCAGUUUCCCCAACUGGUACCUUCCGAUGCCUACUUUUUCCCCGAUGCUUCGGAUUACACCUCCUCGCAAUCUACUCCUUCUUCUGCUACGUCGCCAACAAAGUCGCGCACCCCGACGUCGCAGCAGGGACUUGCCGCUCCUUCAGGGCCCGAGUUUGUCAUACCGCAGCUUCAGGAACAAGACUGGCUAGCCGACCUCCCCUUCCUCGAGCGGGCUCGCUCUGCAAGCGACUACACCGACUUCAAUCUAUACUCGCCCGCGUCCAGCUUCUCUGAAGAUGAGCGCAUGUUAUCCAUCGUUUCCUCGGUGAAUAGUUUGCCCAAUCUGGAGAAACCAUCAUUGGUUGAAUGCUCGCCAGUAUUCAAUGCCACCUCAAACGGCGAGGCCCUCGGGCUGGACGAUCCUGGCCUGUCAAGAAGUGAACUCCAAGUCAAGUCUACUGUUGAAUCUAUGGGCGAUAGCUGCAGAAGCAAAUUGCGCAGAAGUGACAUACUCACCACCAUGAACGCCUCGGACGGGUCUAACGAGGGGUCCCGCUCCUCGAUUCUUCAGGCGACCACUACUUCUCCGCCAGGCACAGGCGUACCGGCAUCCGACUCUUCGCCCUGCAGCCAGACUCUAGGUGCCGCAACUCUUCCGUCGCCAUCACACAAGGCUGCUCAGGGACCAACUCCCCAGAGAACAUCAACCAGCAUCAGCCCGCCUGCGGCCUCUGUUUCUCUGAAUACCCAACCAAGCGUAUCUAUGCAUGUACUCGUCAAUCCGCACAUAGGCAUGCUUUCGUCAAGCUUCCCUGGCAGCAUCAGCGGUGCACAACUAGCUGAAUCGGCUCGUCAAUCCGCGUCUGGCACCACCAUCCAGGUCCGCAGUGAGCUUCCUGCAACAACUUGCGAUAAAGAUAAUGUGGUUGCAUCUCAACCAGACUCGUUGUCGUCGGGACCCAGCAUGCCGAGUACGCAGAAUUCUCGCGCCCGACAGGUCUUGAGCAACGGUUCCUCUGAAUCUGCGAGUGAGGGAAACUCAGCGCCUGACCGUCUGCCACGUGGUGAACGUUGUCACAACAUGCAAGACGAAUCUCCCAAAGGCCUAAUUGACGUGUUUGCCCGAGGCUUCAUUCCGUCAUCGCUUGACGACCACCGCCAUGAGCAACAUCAACCCCAAAGGCCGGGCUCAGGCCCUACUGUUUUCGUCGGCUCAUCUGCUCCGGGUGCUUCACCUAUCAAUGAACACGGCCUUGACAGGCAUGACUUACUUGCCGCUUGCCCCAUACCAUCAUCGUCUUCUUUUGCCGACGCGACCAGCUCGUCAGUUGAUGUGACCACCCCUGCGUCUGGACGCGGUGUCCAUCUUGAGCGACAACGACUAGGCGCUCCUGUUUUUGAAUCUGGCGGUGUCCCCAACCCCCAGAUGGCGUCUCUGAUUUCAUCCGGAGCCGGGGAGGAUACGCCAACCACUGGGUCGCACAACCGUCCUGCUCUUGCUUCAGGCAGAGCACUUCGAAUUGCAGCGGCUGGCGAUCAGCCUUCGUCGCCUCUUGCAUCUGUUGUCAUGGACUCAUCACCCGCCUUGAUGGAACCCCGGCUGUUACAAACCGUCGCCUCCAUGUCCAGCUUGAUACUGUGCGUGUUUGCUACGGCAAUGGCGUUUGCGAGCAGCAAGACUAUAGCGAGGAAGUCGGCCAUGCCACAAGCGAAGAAGCAAACACAAGCAAGAGCGUCAUGCCGCGAGCUGUGGCAUCUAUCGUCCCUUGGGCAGCGAACCAUGUUUACGCCCAUGGCGCCUGUUUGUGCCGUGUAA